ACUCGAUUCACUUGGAGGAGAGUGCAAGAAAAAGGCGGCUAUAUUUGGUAUGAACCAAGAAGUAGAAAGUGUAAUGACACCUAUCAGCUGUGGCAAUGGCAAACUAAGACAGUGGCUGAUCGACCAGAUUGACAGCGGAAAGUACCCUGGUUUAAUAUGGGAGAAUGAUGAGCGGACCAUUUUUCGUAUUCCUUGGAAACAUGCAGGGAAACAGGAUUACAAUAGAGAAGAAGAUGCAGCACUCUUUAAGGCAUGGGCACUUUUUAAAGGCAAAUACAGAGAGGGUCUUGACAAACCAGAUCCUCCCACAUGGAAGACAAGAUUACGCUGUGCUCUAAACAAGAGUAAUGACUUUGAGGAGUUAGUAGAGAGAAGUCAACUGGAUAUAUCAGACCCAUAUAAGGUGUACAAAAUUGUCCCAGAAGGAUCAAAGAAAGGAAUAAAACAACUUGGCACAGAAGAUAACCAGUUAAUAGUGAACCAUCCAUUUGCCGUACCUCAAGCCUAUACUUCUCUACAGCCACAUGCUCAGGUGCCACACUUCAUGAUGCCACAUGAACGUACCUGGAGAGACUAUGAACAACCCCAUCCUGAUCUCCCUUACCAAUGUGCAAGUGUCCCCUUUACAGCACGUAGUCACCUAUGGCAAAACCCAUCCUGUGAUAACAGUUACCAGGUUACUGGCUCUUUUUAUGCUUGCCCACCAGCAGAGUCGCAAACUGCUGGACUACCAAUAGAACCAAGCUUACGAUCUGGAGAAGCUAUUGCUUUUUCAGACUGCCGGCUUCAUGUCAGUUUAUAUUACCGAGAUACCCUGGUUGGUGAAAGAACAACAUCCAGUCCAGAAGGGUGCAGGAUUUCACAUGGACAGUGCAUGGAAAUAAGUCGCAUGGACCAAAUCAUGUUUCCUUACCCUGAGGACAAUAGUCUACGCAAAAACAUUGAAAAGCUGCUGAGCCACUUAGAAAGGGGUGUACUUCUCUGGAUGGCCCAUGACGGAAUAUAUGCCAAGAGACUGUGCCAGAGCAGAAUUUAUUGGGAGGGACCUUUGUCCAUGUACAGUGAUCGUCCUAAUAAGCUGGAACGAGAUGUGCCUUGCAAGCUAUUUGAUACUCAGCAGUUUUUAACAGAAUUACAGGCAUUUGCUCAUCAUGGACGCCCAGUUCCAAAAUUUCAGAUCGUUUUAUGUUUUGGGGAAGAAUUUCCGGAUCUUCAAAGAGGAAGAAAACUUAUCACAGCUCAUGUUGAGCCUGUAUUUGCAAGACAGCUUAUUGGCUUUGCAGAACAAAAUGGAGGACAUUUUAUUAGAGGAUAUGAAUAUUCAGAUCUUAUUAGCAGCGCAGAAGAUUAUCAUCGAACUAUUCGUCAUGUCUCGCUUCAGGAAUGAAUUGUUAAGCUAGAACCUUUAGGUGACUUUCCAGAUGACACAUCAACACUUCAGUUGAUAAAGCUAUUGGCACAACUGUGGAAAACAAUGUAUAGAUGAUGAACUACUGCCUUUCAUGUUUGACUGAUAAAAGACAUUUUGCAUUGUGUUUUUAGUUUGUAUUUGUAAUUAGUCCCAAUCUACAAUAUGUUUCUUGGUCUUCAUAUUUUAUGUAGAUUAUAUUUUAUUGUUUAAAAACGGCAAAUGGAUUUGUAAAGUGGAAUUUAACAAAGAGUAUUCAUAUUGUAUGUAUUUUGGGACUGCAACUGUUCCAAAUAUGUUAUUUUAAGUGAAUGUUUUCUAUUGUUACGCCAGUAAGUGCACAUGAAGGGAGAUGGUGUCAAUCAUUUUACAAUGUGAUAGAUCUAAAGGGAGAAAAUAUUUUCUAAACAGCAGAUUAAAGAAGAAACAGAAAUAUUAAAAUGUGGCAUAGCAUAGAUCUUCGUUUUAAAUGAAAGGGAAUAAAUGUGAUCAAUUUACUGAACCUCAAAAAUAGGUUAAUAAUAAGUACUCCAGUACUCUAGUGUAAAUGUGUAAUUGAUCUCCCUUUAUUUCAUUUUCAAGGACGUGUACCUGUGUAAUACACAAUUUUUAAAAUUGUGAAGACUUGAAGAAACUAUGUAUCUCUUAGACCAUGCUAGU